CAUGUGUUUCUUCAGAUCCGGACUCGAAUUCCAGAGUUCCAGCCACAAACCUUGAUGGACUUUGGCUCUGGUUCUGGUUCUGUCACCUGGGCUGCUCACAGUAUUUGGGGCCAGAGUCUUCGUGAAUAUGUGUGUGUGGACAGCUCAGCUGCCAUGUUGGGUUUGGCGGAAAAGCUACUGAAAGGUGGUUCAGAAUCUGGGGAGCCUUAUGUUCCAGGUGUCUUUUUCAGACAGUUUCUACCUGUAUCACCCAAGGUACAAUUUGAUGUGGUGGUAUCAGCCUUUUCCUUAAGUGAAUUGCCCAGCAAGGAUGCCCGCGCCAAGGUAGUUCAAACCUUGUGGCGCAAGACAAGUAAUUUCCUGGUAUUGGUGGAGACUGGAACAAAAGCUGGGCACUGCCUUCUCAUGGAGGCCAGAGACCUGGUCCUUAAGAGAAAAGAGAAGUUGCCUUUGGACCUUCGACCUGGUUUUGUCUUUGCCCCAUGUCCUCAUGAACUUCCUUGUCCCCAGUUGACAUCCUCUAAGCCCUUGGCCUGUAGCUUCUCCCAGGGGUACCAUCCCAUCCCCUUCAGCUGGGUAUGUACUCUGGGGAUACUGCAGGGAGAAAACAGUUUAGGAAAGCAAGAAGAGUAAGAAUUAGGUGGGAGGAGUUGGAGAAUUUAUAGAGUAGCCUGGAGCCUGCAUGUGUAUGAUUUAUACAGUAUGA